ACUAGCUUUUGAUCUAUCUCCGAUUUUCUUUUCCUGUUAAUUUCGACUCUUACAAUUUUUGCAAAAUUGAAAAUCUUUGCCUCUCUCUCUUGUUCUCUAAUCGAAUCAAAGCUUAAAACUUUGCUGAUUAAUUGAUUUUGGAUUCCGGGGAGAAGAAAAUGGUAACUGGAUUGAUUAACGAGAACCCAAUCAUUUACCCGAAGAAAGAGAGGCGUCUUCGAACUGAUACAAGCACUACCGAUGAAGAUAUCAAGGAUCCAGAGCAUCCUAAUACUCUGGAAGAUCUCAGAGUUGUUACAGAAGACUCAGUUGAAGUGGAUGAUGAGAACAGUUAUGUUAGGGUUACGUUCACUCCAACUGUGGAACAUUGUAGCAUGGCAACCGUUAUCGGUCUUUGUGUCCGCGUGAAACUUCUGCGAAGCCUUCCUUCUCGAUACAAGAUUGAUAUACGGGUAGCGCCUGGUUCUCAUGCAACAGAGGAUGCAUUGAAUAAACAACUAAACGAUAAAGAACGUGUGGCGGCUGCACUAGAGAAUCCAAACCUCGUGGAGAUGGUCGAUGAAUGCCUGCCAUCAGAAGAGUGAAUUGCUUUUAUUUUCUUGUGAGCAAGUGAUUACACAAGCCUGGUGGUCUCAGUUUACACUAUCCAUACAUGUCUCUGUUUUAUUUGCAAAGAUUUUGAUCCAUCACAUCGACUAGGACUGCAUUGUAAUUCUUACUCUGAUUUCAAGUUUGGUCUCAAUCAUUUCAAUAAAGUCUCAAUAACAAU